AUGUCUUCUCAUUACACUCCUGUGGGCUACUCCAUGCCUCUUCCCGUUCCCUCUAAGGGCUCCCAGUACCCCACCUACAGCCAGUAUUCCGUCUCGCCUCCGGAAUGUGAUGACUCGGUUAGCUCCGCCUCGGGCAUCCCCUCCUACAGCAAUGGUGGAUACUCGGCUACCUCGUCCGGGUACCAAUAUUCUGGCGGAUACGGCGAAUAUGAAAGCACUCGCUCUGCUAGCGGCGUUGACUUCCAGGAGUACAUGCAAGACCGCUUUGCCAACUCUUUUGACCCAAUCCCUCUUGACCGCAGUAUGGCCAUGCAAGCACAGACAUCUGGUAAAAUGAAUGCCAAGCACCGCGAGCUUAUGGAGCUCCAGAAGAAGGCGCAGGCUCGUCUUGCGAAGACUCGUGAGCGCUUCCAGGAGGGUAUGCGAGAUGCCCAUGAGGUGCGCAGUGAUCUUGAGUGGACACAAAAGAAAGUUGGCGAGUAUUUCACGCUUGUCUUGCCACCCUCAAUCCUGACCUGCAUGAACGAGUUGUUCAUGCAAGGGGAGCGUGAGGUGACGUUGAAAUCAGGGGCACUAAGCGCGGCAAUUGAGCCGCCUGGCGCGCAGUGUCUUGCUGCUUUUAACAAAGCGACAGGGUACUUCUGUGAGGUGCCAGGGGAUAGCGUCAGCGGGUUUGCAGCAAGACAUGAUGUGUCGGAACCGAUUGCUGCAUGA